UUAAUAUUAAUGAAAACGAAAAAAAAAAAAAAAAGUCUUAAAAAGUACACACUAUAAUAAAAUAGGGAGUCGAUGUAUCACAUCUCAGCAUUCAAAUAAUUAAAAUAAAAAUAUAUGCUGUUUUGUCUAAAAAAACAUCUCUUUACUUCUUUUAUAAAAAAUGAGUUUACCCCAAUUGAAUAAUCAGCCUUCAGACAGUGAGGUUGAUUACGAGACUGAGGUUCGUGUUCGUGACGACGACGAGGACGAAUGGCAAGACGCCGAGGAACAGCCUACAGCUGCUGCGGUGUCAACUGCGCCUGCUCAGUCAAGAGUAACUGAACAAAAGACAAUUGAUGAGACUGAACUUCGAAGAAAGAUUAAAUUCAUUCAACAAAACGUUGACUUGACUCCAAGAGAAAAAGCAAAACAAAUACAGGUUUGUGCGGAAAAAAGUAUCAAGAAGAGCGAUGACUAAACUCAAGAAUAGUAUCUUAUGUCUCAUGGUACUACACUGCCUCAACCAGCUAACAUUACCAGUAAAGAUCCUGUAGACAAUGGCCAUACUAAAUCUUUUAACAAUGAGAAAGAAAAUAUUCUUGGCUGUAAACAUUAUCAACGUAAAUGUAAAUUGCAAGCCAACUGUUGUCAAAAGAUCAUUACUUGUCGUUUCUGUCAUGAUGACGCUGAAGAUCAUACCGUUGUCAGAAAUGAAACGAAAAACAUGCUGUGUAUGCUUUGUUUAACUUUACAACCUGCUGGAAAAUCAUGUCAAGAAUGCGGUGAAGAACUUGCUCGUUAUUACUGUGACAAGUGUAAAUUCUGGGACGACGACCCAAAGAAAUCGAUCUAUCAUUGUGAUGAUUGUGGGAUUUGUAGACAAGGUAAAGGACUCGGUGGAGAUUUCUUCCACUGUAAAAAAUGUAAUAUCUGUUUGCAUAUUUCGAUGAAGGAACAUAAAUGUAUCGAGAGAAAUUUGGAGAGUGAUUGUCCUAUUUGUGGAGAGUAUAUGUUUACCAGUACGGCCACUGUUAUUUUUAUGCCAUGUGGUCAUUGUAUCCAUAAACAUUGCUAUACCGAUUAUAUCCAAACGUCUUAUCAGUGUCCCACUUGUCUCAAGUCAUUAGGCGACAUGUCUGAAUAUUUCAACCGUCUCGAUAAGGAUUUGGAGCGUCAACCCAUGCCUGCAGAAUAUGAAAAAUAUAUUUCUCAUAUUUUCUGCAACGAUUGCGAGAAAAAGACACCAGCCAAAUAUCAUUUCUUCUAUCAUAAAUGUGGCCAUUGUGGUAGUUUUAAUACAACCGUUUUAAAAACAGAAAAUACAGACGAAACAUCACAAAAUGGACAUGAACAAAGAGAACCCACUGCCAUCGCCUCUUCUUCUAGUGCACCGUCAAGUUCGGCCGUUGUAGCAUCAUUAGAGGGGUCUGCCAAUGCUCUUGGUUUAUCGUCCAACUCGGAUCAAGAACAUGUCAUGCAACCUCAAGCGGGUAGUGCUGCUGGUAAUUCGACCAUGCCAUCAUCUUUUCUGGGUAUCGGAUACAUUAGAAAUCCCCCUCCAUCAUCUGCCUCUAGUACUUCCUCUAGAGGAAGAAACAAUGGAACCGAAUCGAACGAAGGGUAAUUUAAGUUUUCAUACCUAAAAAUGCUUACACACAGAGGAAUCGAAGUUUGCAAUACCACAAUGUAGUUUAAUGUGUAAUUUCUUAUAUAUUAUAAUAAAACGCACUCAAUACAAAAAGAUAAACA